AUGAAUACGGAGUCCAUUAAGUCAAGGAUUAGGACGGAUUUUGCGAAGGAUCAAACUCAGUUAACAUCUAAACGCCCCUCAUUAUGUCGGUCAAGAAAAGUGAUGCCCAGUAAAAAGUUACCAAGACAAGCCCCACUUCUUUAUUCGCGAGGAAUAUUCAAAAUCAAGAGGUCUGACGAUCACCGAAAUUUAAAAGGAGAGAUGGAUGAGAUCAAUAGAAAUGAUAAUAUAAAGAACGUAUUCCAGGGCUUGAGUUUAGAUAAAAAGGACUAUUCAUCCAAGUCUGGUGAUCGUAAUGUAAAUGAAAAGGAGGAUGUUGAUGAAGAUCAAAAUAAGAAAUGUGUGGAGGAGGAAUCAGGUACUUGUUCAACAGAUGACGAGCUCGAAAACACAAGCGCAAAAAGCAUAAGAAAAAAUGCGUCAGAGUCCUCAGAAUACAUAAGAAAAACAGAAAAUUAUGAACUACCAAACAUACGAAAAACCAUCGUUCGUCUUCAAGAGAAGGAGAUUUUACAAAGAACACAAGCAAUAGAAGCAGAAUUUUAUGAACGCUUGAUUGAACUUAGAAAAGAAAACGAAACUGAACUAGCAAAAAUUAUGAAUCGUAAAAAUGCUGAAUUAAUUGCUGUACAAAAAGCUGCUGAACUGAAACAUCGUGAACUUCGUCAAGCAAUAGAUAAACUAGAAAAUCAAUUAUCUGAUACAGUCAACAAUGCUGAUCAAAUUAAACGUAGCUCUGAAGAGAAAAUGAAUCAAUUACAGUCAGUAAUGAAUAAACAAUUUGAAAAUUUAUUGAAACAAUCUAAUGAACAACGUGAAUUUCUUAUACAAGAACAUGAGAAAACAUUGAAAGAUUUACAAAAUAAAAAUGAAUCUACUUUUAAAGAACUGGAAAUAAAUAAAUCCUUUGUUAUAGAACUAGAAUCAAAAAUGGAAUUACAGCACAAUCAAAUUAAAAGUUUAAAAGAACAAUUAACAGAUAUCAUGACAGAAAGAAAUGAAUUACAAGAAUCAUUAAACGUUAAAACAGAAAAAGAAAAAGAAACAUUGAAAAAAACAGAACAACUUCAAUGUGAUUUAAAUGAAUUAACCAAUAGAUAUAAAACAUUAGAAUCAAAGUAUAACGUGUGUCUUGAAGAUUAUGAUCAAGAAUUAAAACAAAUUCGCUCUGAUCACGCUAAACGUAUAUGUGCAAUGGAAUUAGAAAGAACAAAUAAUGAAAAACAGUAUGAAAGUAACCUUGAAAAAAUUAAAGAUGAGUUUAAUACAAAACUGGAAGAGAGUCGUUUGUCGUAUGAACGUCAGCUAGUUACAGAAGUCAAGGAAGCUGAAACACGCGGUUAUGAAAAAUGUUUAUUAAUUAAAAGUGAUGAGAUUACAGCUUUACAAAAAAUUAUUAAAGAAACCAAAGAAUUAAAUUCAAAUGAUGAAAUUAAAUAUCAAGAAAUAAUUAAUCAAUUAAAGUGUGAAAUAACUAAAUUAAAUAAAAUUAUUGAAAAAUUAAAAAAUACAUAUGAAUCUAAAGAAAAUAAUUUUUUAACGAUCAUAACAAAAUUACAAAAAAAACAAUUAAAAUAUAAUAAACUAAAUGAUACAUUCAAUAAAACAAAUUAUAUUCAAACAUAUUUUACAAAUGAAUUAAAUGAGAAAUUAUUAAAUUAUAUAAAACAAUGGAAAAAACAACAAUUAGAUGAAAUUAUUUUACUAAUUAAACAAGAUGAAUUUAAUCGUUUAGAAAUAAUAUUUAAAGAAAAAGAAAAUAUUAUACGUAAUGAAUUAUUAUUAAAAAUUGAAAAUAUUCAAAAUGAAAAAAAUCAAAUUAUUGAAACAUUGACUAAUGAAUUAAAUUUAUCCAAAUUAGAUAUUGUAAAACUUGAAACUGAACUUAAAGAAGCUAGACGUAUAGCAAUGACAGAAGUGGAAUUAAGACGUGAACAAUUAUCAGAAAUAAGUUUAGCACGUGAAUUAGAACGUAAAGAAUUAAUUAGUAAACAUGAAAAUAAUUUAAAUGAAGAACAAUGUAAAAAUCAAGAAACGAUUUUAAGAUUACAUCAACAACAUGCUGAAGAAUUAAAAACAAUAUCUUCCAGGGCUAAUGAAAAAUUGUUAGGAAUAGAAAGAGAAUAUAAAACUCGCUUAACGGAAGCAAAUAAACGACUAAAUGAAUGUCAAGAGAAAAUAAUUAAUUUAGACAUGAUAUUACAGAAGGCUUUACAAGAAAAAAGGGACACAGAAGAAACAUUAUCCGAAUCAUUUCAAAGUGAAAUUGAACAAAUGAAGAAUAAGCAAAAGCAAGAAGUAUUGAUCUUGAAGGAGGCUAUAUCAAAAGAGCGCAAUAGAGCACGUUUAGCAGAAAUUUCUCUUCGUCAGCAAGAAAAGGCGUGGAACGAUAUGAAGACUCGCUGGCAUAAAGAACGUAUAGCACAAUUAGGAAAUUCAUUACCGAUUGAAUCACGUACUCAUAUGGAGGCAACUAUUGAGGCAUUGCGUCUCCAGGUUAAUCUACUGAAAAAGCGAAUAACCGUAAUGGAAGAAGAUCGGGAGACAAACAUCACGUAUCCACUAAAGUUACAAUACAGUGACCAAGACGUAUCAUUACUCAGUGAAAACUCAGUACAAAAUGAAUCUCCAGUAAAAGACCAACCUGAAGCAAACGAAGACAAUUUAGAAAAAUGUAAAAUGAACAACAAUUCAGUUCCUUUUAGAGAUAACUCACGAUGGAGAAUUGCUGCUGAGUGUACAAAUUUACAGACUAAUCUAGACACAUAUCCUUACAAAGCUACUUGUUCAGAAGAUUGGUUAUUGAGCGGACACUGA